AUGAAUGCCCAGGCUGUCAGGGAAACCAAACUAAGAAGUGAAACUAAAUCGGCAUCGUUGCUGCAUUCCCAAGGCCAGGCUGCAAGCGGUACAACCAUGGCAAGUGUCUCACACUGUGCCACAGGACGAGCUGCCAAGUCUGAGAAAACAGUUGUGGUCUCUGGUAUUCCAGAUGGCAUUGUGAAAGAUGAUGUCAUGGCUGACAUAUUGAUGAUUCAUUUCCAAAAGGCGAAGAAUAGGGGUGGAGACGUGAAGGAUGUAGUUUAUCCAACAACAAUAAAAGGAGUUGCAUACAUAAUCUUUGAAGAUCAAGAAGUUACAAAGAAUGUUCUCCAGAAAGAUGAACACAGACUAGAGGACAAGAGGCUGGGCAGGUAUUAUCCUCUGAAAAUAUCUCUCUAUAGUGAACACGUCUUCACCUGUGUCUCGUCUGUUCUUGAUUUGUCCAUUUUUGAAGAUAAAUACAUUUUGGAAGAUCUGGUGCAGGAGCUUCAGAAGACUAUCCCAGCCUUGAGCUUCAGUCCUUUGCAAUCCAAUGGGCAAAUUUCUGUUCAAGGGUCAUUCCCAGCAAUCAAAUCACUAAAAGACAAUUUGUUAUUAAAAGCAAAUUCCCUUUCCAGUAAGGGCAAGAGGGGAGAGAGAAAGCCGGAUCAAAGACCUAACAGCAGGACCGAGAAGCGUGGACUAUUUGUGGAGCCAAAUAAUACUUUUGUCCAUAAUGUAAACAGGGAAGAACAAGUGGUUGUCCUUGACACAGAUAUAUAUUGCUACAUGAAACAUUUUUUAUACAAGGAAAGUCUGGCAAAAUACAAUGUUGUAAGUCGUGGAGUCACAGAUGGUGAGAUCACCACAAUAUAUCUAGAAAAUGCCAGAGCAAAUUCUGAUUCUAGAGAAUUAGAAAGAGCCAAAGAGGGAAUUGAAGAUUUGUCUGCAAAACUUCAUUGCAGAUUACGUAAAGAAAGAUUCUCUCUUGAUGGCAACACCAGAUCCGAAAGGCUGAAAUAUAUAGAAGCAUUUGAGAGCAUAAAAUCCCGAUUCCCCAAAGUUCUGGUUAUUCCUUAUGAUACUCACAUUGAUGUGAUAGGAAGUUCCUCUGAGACAUAUGAGUUUACACAAGAAGUGAAUAGAACAGUAAAAAGCCACUUACAAAAGAGAUUCAGGAGGUAGGAGUCAUUUAGGUGAUGCCUGCAAGCUAGGACUUCCUGAGAGUGACAUCUCUUACACCAAAGUACGGUCUCCCAAGGGAAUUGGUAGAAGCCCUAUUGCUGGGGACUUUUUAUAAAGGAUGUUUUGCACUUCUGUAACUUCCAGCGGAGGAUUUCAAAGCACUUUGCAAACUUCAAUUAAUUAGGGCCCAAUCCUGCUCCCAUUAGAGUUUUUCCAUUGACUCCACACGGCACCCUAAUAGUAUUAGGAGCCUCAUUUUACAUGUUGUGGCUCCUCUAUUAUUAAAAGAAAAUGCAGGCCCUUCUACAUCACUGCUGAUACAGUCCUACAAUAUGUGCACAGGCACUUCUCACAGUACAGGACACCAAGACAAAAGUCCCAAAUACUAACUUAAAUUUCAAACAUGUAGCAAAUGACCUAUUCAUGCAACUGGUGAAAUUAAAGUGUGUAGAAGUUAGUUUUCAUAGUGAAUGGACCAUCCCUGUUUUAUGGUCUUUACUCAUAACAAACGAGUGCCUUUUGUGGCUGUAUUAACAUACACUCUUUUUAUGCAAGUUUUUGUUUAAUAAAUCACUUAGUUUUACAUGUAAAACAUGUUUUGAUAAACUUUUUUCUUUCUAUAUGCAGCAAAUUUAAAGUAGUUUCAUUUAACCAAUAAAAAAAGUAAAUGCUGUUUUUGUGCAUUAAUUGAAUUCUAAUUUCCAUCCAAAUACAGCUUGACAAGAAUUAUGCGUAAAAAAUUCAUCAUAAUCUAGUAAAUAAAAAACAUGCACCAAUCACUAUUUUGUAACAAAAAAAUUGUGCCAAUUAGGAAGCUGAAUAAAUGUAUGUUAAGCUACGUAGACUCAUUGACUCAUAGACUUUAAGGCCAGAAGGGACCAUCACGAUCAUCUAGUCUGACCUCUUGCACAUUGCAGGCCAGAGAACCUCACCCACCCACUCCUGUAAUAGACCCAUAACCUCUGGCUGAGUUACUGAAUUCAUGAUUUAAAGUCUUCAAGUUACAGAGAAUCUACCAUUUACACUACGUUAAACCUGUAAGCGACCUGUACCCCAUGCUUCAGAGGAAGAUGAAAAAUCCACACAAUUCCUUAAAUAACUGUGUAAAGAUAUAGUGUAUCGUCCUGGUUAGCAAAAAGAAGUAGCAAAUUUAAUGUAAAGGCUCUAAUUUGUAGAAAGUAAACAUAUUUUAAUGGUUUCCAACCAACAAGAAUGAAUCUUUCUUUAGGAUAAUAAUUAAGGUA